AUGGAGCAAACUGAAGGAAUUGGGAUCAAAAUCUACAAUGCAACCCCACAAGAUGAUGGCCAUGUGGCUGGAAACGACGUGCCGUUGCAAACGGAGUACAGAAGACCUUUUAGAACACUUCUCACAUUCGAGAUGGUCAUUCCCUCCACAUACCACAAUGGUGAAUGCACUCCAGUUAGCACUAUGAUGAUCCACGUCCAAUUAGUUUUGUGCUCUCUUUCGUGCUUAUUUUUCCACUUCACCGAUAGUUUUCACGGUCCGAACGGUAAAGUGUACUAUGGUUUUGUGACAAGUCAGAGUUUGGAGGUGUUCAAGCUUGGUGUCACAGUGGAAGUGCCCAAAGAGGAGAGAUUUACGCUUAGUUUCACAGACUGUGCAUGCAAUCAUAUCGAGCUUGUUGUGAGGACGACGGGAAGCGAUUGGUGUCGCCAUAUACAGAGAUGGAGAAGGGAUCGCAAUGAUUAUUUUCAGCACAGCGGUAACGUGAGGAUCACAAUCCUGGGGUAA